AUGGCAGUAAAAAUCUUCUUGUUAUGGUUUGUUGGUGCUGCUAUUGCUGCUGUCCCUGUACCGUCUCUGCCUUCCAGACAUCACAAAGUGCAUAGAGCCCUCUAUAAGAAGCUGGUCACUGAACUGCAAAGAGACCAACAAGAAGAAAUUGUGAACACACACAAUGCCUUCAGGAGAAAAGUGUCCCCACCAGCCAAGAACAUGCUGAAAAUGAGUUGGAGUCUAGCUGCUGCAGAAAAUGCUAGGAUCUUGGCGAGGUAUUGUGACAAGGCAGAGAGUGACCCGCUUGAGAGGAGACUUGACAAUACAUUUUGUGGAGAAAAUAUGCAUUUGGAAUAUUACCCCUUCUCUUGGUCAAAGGUAAUUGAAAGCUGGUACAAUGAGUCCAAACAUUUCAAAUAUGGAGAAUGGCCUUCAACAGAUGAUGACUUUGAGACUGAACACUAUACUCAGAUGGUCUGGGCCUCUUCCUACCUAAUUGGUUGUGAAGUUGCAUCAUGUCGCAGACAAAAUGCAGCUACAUAUCUCUAUGUGUGUCACUAUUGUCACGAGGGAAAUUAUCCUGACAUGCUAAAUAAGCCUUAUAAGGAAGGCUCACCAUGUGAAGAUUGUCCAGAUCACUGUGAAGAUGGACUGUGCACUAACCCUUGCCUUUAUUAUGAUGAAUACAACAACUGUGACAAACAAAUUAGACUUACUGGAUGCUCACAUCCAUCAGUUCUGCAAUUCUGCAAGGCUUCUUGUCUGUGUAAAACUGAAAUAAAAUAA